ACGUCAAACGCACGUUUCCCAAAACACGCUGACGUUUCUAAGCAAAUUUACGUCGCAUUAAAUUAACCAAAUUAAAGCAAAAUGGCUCAAGGCAAGCUAAAAGUAAAGAGCAAGCUGCCAGCCGGCGCGAAAAACAAGAAAGCAAAAAAGGGCAAAGCUGUUACCAAGCGGCCAAACGCUCCGGUUAAAAGUAAGGCGACUGCGUUAGAGAGGAACAAGAUGAAGGCGAAUGUUACGAAGAUGGUGAACGCCGUGGCUGAGAAGCAGCUGCGGUCGUUGGCGACGGAUACACCGCAGCUGUCGGCGGCGCAGCAGCGGGCGGCUGCUGCUCCCACGGCGCCGGUGCCUGCGAAGUAAACACCAAUGAUUUUCAAUCUUGUUUUUAGCCUAGGCAAUGAAGUGACAGGUCUAUUACCCCGAAUAUCGUGAUAGUAAACGCAGUAUGAUUAGGUAGUGGGUUGCGCAGUCACACUAAUGUUAGUAAACUCAAUAUGGGUUGGUGUAGUUGCAGAUUUUUUGGCUGGCCUGUUUAUACAUUGAUUAGUAUAUUGUGAGGUUAUAUUUUGCUUGCUACCUGCAAGUGAUUUUAACAAACUCACAUCAAAGACAAAUCAAUAUCUAAACAGGCCCACAUAUACUUAACCCGCAAGCCGGAGUCUGUUCAGAAAAUCAAGAGUCGUGGAAUGUAUUGGGCCCUAUACAUUUCAUGACUCUUGACUUUCUGAACAGACUAGUUACCUGUAUUGAUAAAAU